AUGGGAUUGUUCUUUCGGUCGAUUGUGGUGCCGGUUGUUGUGAUCGGAAUAGCCAUACUGAUUGCCCUAUGUUUUUUCCAGUCCAAGCUCAUCUUUGUUCCACAACUCGACUCGGGAGAUAGAAGCCCGUAUUCUAAUCCUAAUGGGUGGAGACAUCCUGGUGAGAAAGGUAUACCAUACGAGGAUAUUCAGUUGGAUACAGAGGCUAAUGUAACGGUCCAUAUGUGGUUAAUGAAGCAGAAGGAUUCUCGAAAUGUACCUACCUUGAUCUUCUACCAUGGUAAUGCUGGUAACCUGGGUCAUAGACUACCAAAUUUGGAGCAGCUAUACAAGCGUAGUAAAUUAAAUGUUCUAGCAUGUUCCUAUAGAGGUUAUGGACUAAGUACUGGUAUACCUUCGGAGCUAGGUUUCUUUCAUGAUGCGGGAAGGGUAGUAGAAUACCUCAGGACUAGAGAUGACAUUGACUCUAACCGUCUGUAUGUGUUUGGACGUUCUUUGGGUGGAGCUGUAGCUAUUGAGACGGCCCGACGAAAUCCUGAGCACAUUCGAGGGCUUAUAAUUGAGAACACAUUCUGGGAUAUGCGUUCUAUGGCUGUCCUUCUAUUCAGGCCAUUGGUUGCUUUCGGAAAUCUUCUCAAUUUACUCCUACAACAUAAGUUUAUGUCUGGACAAGCCAUCAUGCAAGUAAAACAACCCAUUUUAUUCCUAUCUGGUGAUGAGGAUACAAUUGUACCUCCUAGUCAAAUGCUAGACUUAUACAAAACUGCAAGACAAUCAAAAUUCAGACACUUCGUCUCCAUUGCUGGAGGAUCUCACAAUGAGUGCUGGCUUCUAUACCCCACCAAAUACUAUGAGUCAAUCGACGACUUUAUUCGAGCUGUUGAAGGCAAUGAAGGAGAAGACAUGAAUAUCGUUCUCGGAACCAAGAAGAAAUCACCCACCGAAAUCACCAAGAAAGCGCCGGAAGACCAAGGUAAUUUCUUCUCUAGAAUUAUUGGACUGUUCACCAACGAAUACAACUCCAAAGAGUUGUGA